GGCCCAGCGGGGCCGUCCCGGGGCUCCUCCCGGCGGGGCCGGGCCGGGGCGGCGGGGGCGGCCCCGGCGCGUUUGGCGCCAAGUCCGCCAUGGAGCCGGAGCGGCUGCGGCGCCGCCUCAGCUCCGCGUUCCGCCUGCGGGGGCUCCUGCUGCGGCCGGAUGCUCUGAAGUAUCUCACUGAAGCUUUUCAGUCCAUCAGUGAAGUAGAACUUGACGAUGCAAUUGAAAAUGUCAUCGAUGCGGUUGAAAAACAGCCAUUGUCAUCCAACAUGAUUGAACAAUCCACGGUGGAAACAGCAGUCCAGGAAUGCAGCCGGGCACCGGAUGAAACCACAGAAAAUGUUUUCAACAUUAUUGGAGCCUUUGACAUUCCACGUUACAUUUAUAAUGCAGAAAGGAAGAAGUUCCUACCUCUGUCGAUGACCAACCUCCCUGCACCGAGUUUGUUUGGGACUGCCAGAGAUAAAGCAGAGCUGUUCCGUGAGCGCUACUCCAUCCUGCAGCAGAGGACUCACAGACACGAGUUGUUCACUCCCUCACCAAUUGUGGCUCACCCUGAUGACAGCAAGAGCAAAUUCCAGCUAAAGACCGUAGAAACUCUCCUGGGCAAUACAGCCAGAGUGGGAGAAGUGAUUGUGCUUGGGAUGAUCACUCAGCUUAAGGAGGGGAAAUAUUUCCUAGAAGACCCCACAGGAGUCGUCCAGCUGGACCUCAGUAAAGCACAGUUCCACAGUGGGUUAUAUACUGAAUCCUGCUUUGUUCUGGCAGAAGGUUGGUACGAGGAUGAAGUUUUUCAUGUGAACGCUUUUGGAUUUCCGCCCACUGAGCCUUCUGCUACCACGAGAGCCUUCUAUGGGAACAUAAACUUCUUUGGAGGCCCUUCUUCAUCGUCAGUAAAGGCUUCUGCCAAACUAAAGCAGCUGGAGGAAGAAAACGAAGAUGCCAUGUUUGUCUUUCUUUCUGAUGUGUGGCUGGACCAAGCAGAAGUGCUGGAAAAGCUUCACAUGAUGUUUUCAGGUUAUUCCUCUGCACCUCCCACCUGCUUUUUCUUCUGUGGAAAUUUUUCAUCGGCGCCAUAUGGAAAAAAUCAAAUUCAGUCACUGAAAGGUUCUUUGAAGGCCCUUGCAGAUAUUAUAUGUGAACACCCCAGCAUUCAUAAAAGUAGUCGAUUUGUGUUUGUCCCUGGCCCUGAAGACCCUGGUCCUGGUUCUAUUUUACCAAGACCUCCCCUGGCUGAAAAUAUUACUCAGGAAUUCAGACAGCUGGUGCCAUUUUCAGUUUUCACCACGAAUCCUUGCAGGAUUCAAUACUGCACCCAAGAAAUUAUUAUCUUUCGUGAAGAUUUGGUCAACAAAAUGUGCAGAAACUGUGUCAGGUUCCCCAGCAGCAACAUGGACAUUCCCAACCACUUUGUGAAGACCAUUUUGUCCCAGGGCCACCUGACCCCGCUCCCGCUGUACGUCAGCCCCGUGUACUGGGCCUACGACUACUCCCUGAGGGUUUAUCCCGUGCCAGACGUGCUCGUGGUGGCGGAUAAACACGACCCCUUCACUGUCACCAACACCGACUGCCUCUGCAUCAACCCCGUAAGAUUCCCCGGGGCCUUCCCGAAAGGAAAAGCGGCCGCGGUCGCCUCCCAACGUGUCUCUCACCAUCUGGUCGGUGUUUCACUCACACGAGUGUGGUUUGUACGUUUUCCUUUCACAGGGUUCGUUUCCAAGAAGCGGAUUUUCGUUCAAGGUGUUCUACCCCUCCAACAAGACAGUUGAAGACAGGUAAAUCUAUUCACUUUCUCAUAUAAAACGAAGUGUUUCCUUAUGUUCUGACUUCCUGAUUAUCAGGAGGAACACAGAAAAUGGAUAACAUAAAGAGAAGCAAAUGUUUUAUCAAUUUAACUGACUUAUGCUUCAUACUUAGGCAGGGUAAGAAAUCCAAAUGCCCAGAAGCAAUAAAUUUAGAACUUGCAGUCAAAUAUCAAUGAUGGGAAGCAGAAUGCAGAAGUAAAAGGAAAGAUGACUGUACUGUAUGAUUUUCAACAGUCGAAACCUGAUUGGGAAACAGAUUUGUUUCUGGGGAUGAUGCUUGCUACAUAACUUAAUUAAAUUUAGGAACAAUUCCUAAAUUGUUCAUUUUGUGAUCAUCUUCAAGCCCAGAAGUCACUUUCAUGCUCUGAUUUCACAUAUUUUUAAAUCUGUACUUAUUCAAACUGUGGCCUUCCACUGACUGGAAAAAGACCAGCUGCAACACCAAAAAGUAUUAAAAGUAUCAAAGGCCUUACAAUGGAUGAAAAUUUGCCUGUUUGAAAUAAUGAUGGUAUAACCCCAUAGGAAAAGCAUAGAUUUAUCUUGUCUUAUGGUUUCUUGCCUUGUUACAGAAACCUUCCAAGGGAAUUAAUAAUGAAUCAGCCCAUGUAACCUUUAUUUGAAUAUAAAAAAUACCAUACUUUAGGUCUUUAAAUAGUUUAAAACAUUAUCAAGUCUUUAAUAGAGCAGGACAUAGAAUAGUAUUGUGAACUAUCUUUAGGAAAAAAACCCCUAAAUAUUGUUUUUCUUUGGUAUUUUCAGCAAGCUUCAGGGGCUGUGAAUUUCUGCAAGAUGGCAAAAAGGGAGUGAGCCCAUGUGAAGCCAACUCCAGCUCUUAUUUUUCAGAUGUCUUUGUUUUAUGAUGUAUUAUGGACUUUUUAUAAUAAAUGUCAAAUUUUGUUUACAAAUAAACUUUUACAGGAAAAA